AUGGCGGAGAGCGGGGCCGGGGGCCCGGGGUGCCCUUCUCCUCCUCCUGCUCUGCCGCUGCCGCGCGCGGAGAAGCCUCUGCGGCAGGCGCUGUGCACGACGGGCGCGCUGGUGCUGGCGGGGCUGUGCUGCGGGGCGGCCGUGCUGGUCUACCUGAUCCUGGAGGCCUUCCUGCGGCCGCUGCUGUGGGCCGUGCUGUGCGGCACCUUCCUGCACCCCUCCAAGCGCGCCCUCGCCGCCCGCGCCCGCGCCGCCCUCCGCCGCCUCCGCCGCUCCCGCGCGCCCGUCCUGCUCGCCGCGCUCCUGCUGCCCCUCGGCGCCGCCAACGCCGCCGCCGAGGCCCUCGCCCGCCAGCUCCUCCGCCGACGCCGCCUCCUGCUGCUGCUCGGCGCCGGCGGGCCCGCCGCCUACGGCCUCUACGCGCUCGGCACCUCCCUGGCCGCGCAGGCCGCCCUCGCCCACGCCGCCCGCCUCGUCUGCGCCGCCCUCGACUGCUUCAGCAGCCUCUGGAUAUGGACCCUGAUUGCAGGCUACCUGUUGACUGUAUUAUUCAAGUGGAAUCCGAGCACCGAACACUACUUGAGAACAAUCUCUGUUCCUGUCUGGAUCAUAUUGCUCUUCCAUUUGGCUUCUGCAGCAGGCUCUUGGAGGAUUCCGGUGUUCCUGGUCAUAGUCGUCUUGAUGACUGUAGGGAUGGUUCAUGAACAGCCAAGUGGGAAAGGCCCUUCAGGGGCAGAAUUUCCUGGCCAGAUGCUUUCCAUUGCUGCAUCCACGAUCGCCAUGGCAAUAUCAGUUACAGGAUAUGACACAAGUAAUGAAGAGCAUCCAUCACAGCCCGCAGGAACCCCAGAGAGUGGCGAUUCUGCUUCGUCAGCUUCUUCCCCUUCUCCAUCCCCUGCGAAUGGCAGGCAGAGACCGGAGAUUGGAGCUCUUCUAAGGAAGAAGAAGACCAGCGACAUCUACUUCGUCCUGCUUAUGUGGGCCAUUGUGAUCGUCCAGAUCUGGUCAAAUCUCUGGAUCGUUCAGUUGCUGCCUGUUCCUAUUGCAGUGUGGAUUAUCAAGAACCUUGUGGUCCACUUUGGAGUAGUGAAAUUCCUGGUGAUUCACUGCAGCGGCUGGUGGCACGUCUUCGAAGGCUUUGUGAGAGAACGGCAAGAGGCGCUUGCACCACGGCCAAUCAAGGGGCUUGGGAGAGUCAUCCUCAAACUUGACAGUAAGAUGAUCGUGUGGCUGGAGAAAAUGCUCGAUAAAAUCAUUAGCAUUCUGAUUAUAUUCGUGCUUGUGAUAGGAACCCUCCUGCUGGCGCUGCUCCUCACUGCCAAGGUGCAUCAAGAAAGUGUGCAUAUGAUUGAAGUCACAAGCAGCUUGAUCAACGAAACCGUAGCUAAUCAUCCCGAAUGGGCCAAUUGGCUUCCAGAAGCUCAAGUUAUUCAAAAGGCUCUGAAUUCAGCUGCCAAUAAUGUCUAUCAAUAUGGUCGAGAAUGGAUAACGCACAAGCUCCAUAAAAUAUUAGGAGAAAAAGUCAACAACACAGCUCUGAUCGAGAAGCAAGUUUUGGUGCUCUGGGACAGAUUGUACCACUCUUGGUUUGUGAAAAACACGACACAUUCAGGAAGACACAAAGGCCACAAGCCACAUGUAGGCCGUCAGAACAGCUGGCCAGGAGAGAUGCUGGAUUGGCAAGACGUUGCCUCUUUUGUUCAUGAGAACAUUGAGACGUUUCUUUCGAUCCUGGAAUCCCUGUGGAUAGUGAUGAGCCAUAACAUGAGCCUCCUUUUUACCACCGCUACAACUUUAGUAACUGUCCUCUUCUACAGUGGGACUGCUCUGCUCAACUUUGUGCUUUCGCUGGUUAUUUUCCUGACCACUCUGUUCUACCUCUUAAGCUCCAGUGACGAGUACUACAAGCCGGUGAAGUGGGUGAUCAGCUUGACUCCCUUGUCGCAGCCUGGCUCUUCCUCCAACAUCGUGGGGCAGUCCGUGGAGGAGGCCAUCAGAGGUGUAUUUGACGCGUCCCUCAAAAUGGCUGGGUUCUACGGACUGUACACGUGGCUGACUCAUACCAUCUUUGGAAUUAACAUUGUCUUCAUACCCUCAGCUCUGGCAGCCAUCCUUGGCGUUGUCCCCUUUCUGGGAACGUACUGGGCAGCCGUCCCUGCAGUCCUAGACCUCUGGCUGGUUCAAGGAGAAGGGUGUAAGGCGCUGCUCCUUUUGGUGUGCCAUCUCUUGCCGACUUAUUUUGUAGACACAGCCAUUUAUUCAGAUAUAUCAGGAGGUGGACAUCCCUACUUGACUGGGCUGGCCGUGGCAGGUGGAGCGUAUUACCUGGGGCUAGAAGGAGCCAUCAUUGGGCCCAUUCUCCUCUGCAUUCUUGUGGUCGCCUCUAACAUCUACAGCGCGAUGCUCGUGAGCCCGACAACCUCAUUGCCCACUCCAUCAUAAAUGUCUUGGCCUUUGCAGAUAUACAGGCAGCCAAGAAAGACUCCUAAAGAACUGAAAAUCACCGCAGAGUGACGGACGCAGCAUUUUCUUCCGUUCCUGUUUCCUCUGUGCUCACAGAACUCAGGAGAGCAGUGGCCCUAGGUCCCGUCUCCAGUUGUGCCUGAUGACAGCACUGAAGCAACACUGACUUUAUAAGCAUAUCCACUGAAACGAUAAUGUUUGCCUUAGGUUGCUCCGUACUUUGCCUUUGCCAAGUGGACUUCUCUGCUAUCCAUAGUUUGCUUAUUAUGCAAGCUGACCCAGGAUUUUUAGGGGGGCUUGGCUUGACAACCUGUAUUUUUUUUUUUCCACAAAAUGUUUUGAGUCAAGUUUGAUUUGUCUGAAACUUUCUGGUUUGGUAUUUAUACUUUGGGGUCUAUAAAUAAACAGAUUUUGAAAGUUAAAAUCCCA